AAAAAGGAGCAAAUUAUGGGACAUAGAGUCUAGCUGCAGCGUUAUAGAGAGUGAGAGAUUUUUCCCCCCCUGGAGGAGACCUCUACUUUAGGCUCUGGAAAUACAUGAAAUCCGGCGUGCCUUGUGUAAAGGCUCAACUAAGACCUGUUCCUGUCUAAGCAUUUUAAUGAGCGUAAGCCCUCAGGAGGAAUAGUCAGAACUCACAGAAACUAAAGUCAGCCCUGUGGGAAACAAAGCUCUCCGGCUGCUCACGGUCACAGACAUGCAGCCGUUCACCUUGGUUGGUGCUCUUUUCCUUCUGCUUCACAUCUCCUCUGGUAGUGCAGAAGCCCAUAGGCACUACAGACAAGUCCUUACUGGAAACCAACCAGGUGUGUGUCGCUAUGGCAGGAGGCUGGAGUGUUGCUACGGCUGGAAGAAAAACAGUAAAGGACAGUGUGAGGCUCAAUGUGACCACGGCUGCAAGCACGGAGAAUGUGUUGGCCCCAACAAAUGCAAGUGUUUCCCAGGAUACACCGGCAAGACGUGUAAUCAAGAUCUGAAUGAGUGUGGCCUGAAACCUCGUCCCUGUGAGCAUCGCUGCAUGAACACCUACGGAAGUUACAAGUGCUACUGUCUCAAUGGUUACACCGUAAUGCCUGAUGGAUCUUGUGCAAACUCCAGAACAUGCUCUAUUGCUCACUGUCAAUACGGUUGUGAGGAAGUUCUCGGGGAGAUUCGCUGCCUUUGCCCAUCUGCGGGGCUGCAGCUGGGGCAAGAUGGGAGGACUUGUGUAGAUAUUGAUGAAUGUGUAACUGGGAGGAACCUCUGCCCAUACAACAGACAAUGUGUGAACACUUUUGGAAGCUACUUCUGCAAGUGCCAGGAUGGCUACGACCUGAAAUAUGUUGACGGCAAAUAUGACUGUGUAGACCUUGAUGAGUGUGCAGCCGGCACCCACAAGUGCAGCCACCAUGCUGUCUGUGUGAACACUCAAGGAUACUACAAGUGCAGGUGCAAGUCUGGCUUCAGAGGCAAUGGCUUUGAAUGCUCUGUCAAGCCGUUUUAUCAGAGGUCGUGGGAUGGAGACAAAGGCAGCGCAGAUGAUUUCCUAAAUGCCAUCCCAGACUCCCAAGUGAGGCCCGGGAUUCUGGGAGGCACGCUGGACAAGGAGGACAUCAAAAAUCUUAUCCCUGAACCAGUCGCGACGGCACCUUCUAGGAUCCGCCAACAGCCUUUUGACUAUGAUGAAGAGGACUAUGUUGGCCCGCUCACUGAGCAAAGACAGGUAGAUGAAUUUCCUGUGGAAGAAGAGGAAAAGGAGGAGGAGGAAGAUGAAGACAACCAGCUCAAUCCAAGAGGAGACGUUUUCAUAUCAGAGGACUUUGAGUCAUUGUUCGGCCCGGCCACAGAAGUCAAAGAAUUAUCAAUAGCACCAGUUCAGGAAGAGUUCAUCAUGGAUUGCAACUUUGAUCAGGGAGCAUGUGAGUGGGUCCAAGACAAGGAUGAUGACAUGGACUGGAGUGUAGCCUACCAUAAAGGCACUGAGUACUACAUGGCUAUGAGUGGGCUCCUAGGGGAGCCGGAGGAUAUAGCCAAGCUGAAGCUGCUUCUCAGUGACCGCGCCCAGCAGGGCAGCUUCUGCCUCACCUUUGACUACCGCGUGGUGGGCCAAAAUGUGGGAACUCUUAAGGUGCUGCUGGAUAACAAUGCUUACCCAGUAUGGGAGCAGAGCCGAAGCAGAGACCAGGGCUGGCAGACAGAGCUCCUCACUGUGGCCUGGAAAGAGGAGGCACCAGAAUCGAUUGUCUUUGAAGCUCAGCAUGGGAAGGAUGUUGGAGGAGAGAUUGGGCUGGAAAAUGUUGUGCUGACCUCAGGGCCCUGUCAAGAGGAUGUCAGUCCAUUUGUUUAGGAAUCUCCACCCCGGAUUUACAAUUCGAAAAUCAGCUCUAACUGACACGUUAAAGAUUCCUGUUUCCUGUCUGUAUUAUGGUCUGGAGUUUCUCAAUGUUUUCUAAUGGCUUUGCCACAAGACAUCAACAUGAAGAUACAGAAACAUGGUCUCAAGGGAAGAUUAUGUACUAUCAGUGCAUGCAUGUUUACUUUAAUGUUUACAUGCUGCUACAUCAAUACAUCCUGCUUGAUUCUCUAUCGUGAUUUUCAAAAAGGUCUCUUACGAUACAGAGAACUCAGAUCUGAGGAAUACGUGGAAAUGUCUGUUAAGUUAGAUGUAACAGUAUUGUGCUUAGUCCUUUGUCAUGUAUGUGAUUGCCGAAGUUAACAGAAAAUAAUCUAUGACAUGUAAUGUGAAUUCUUAAGUGAAUUAUAUCUGAAAUUCAAUCUUAGAUUAAUAACUUUCUUGAAGUCUGGUUAGUUUAAAUGAUAAAAAGAAUCCGUGCAUAACUGCUGUAAAU